CUUGGAGCUAUCAGAUCAGGCUUUCUCUGAGAGGGAACUGUCAACAUGAAGACCCUUCUGUUGUUGGCCUUGACCAUGGCCUUUGGCCUGCUGCAGACCCAUGGGGUUUUACAUGACUUCCGGAGAAUGGUCCAUUUGCUGACAGGAAAGAAUUUUGUGUCCAGUUAUUCCUCCUAUGGUUGCUACUGCAUCACGGGUGGCAAAGGACUCCCCAAGGAUGCGACAGAUCAGUGCUGCGCCACACACAGCCGUUGCUACCACGAUCUGCAGAAACAAAGGUGUGGCACCAAGGGUGUGAGGUACACGUUUACUUACCAAAAGGGCCAAAUUAUCUGUGCAAAACAGAACUUCUGUAGGCGCCAAUUGUGUCAAUGCGAUCGAACAGCUGCCAUGUGUCUUGCGAGAAACCUGAAAAGCUACAGUAACAAGUACAAAAACUACAACAAAAGUCGGUGCUGUGGGAGGGCCCACAAUUGCUGAAGGCCCCCUUACCCUGGAAGCCAUCGCCACAGACGCUGAGUUUCCUUCUCUGGCCCGCACCCCUUCAGCACCCUAGCUAGCUUCCCCCCACCCCACCCCCAGCAACGAAGCCUGACAGAAAUACCCUCUCCCAUCCUGGAGACAAGCCAGGAGCCCUUCAAUCCCAGAAAGAAGACUUCCACCCAGAACGCGAAACCCUGAGGCUUGUAUUCCUUGCACCUUGUCCUCCACAUCCUUCGGUGGCAGGAGAGUUCUCCAUUCCCACUGUUCUCCGAGUCCUGCUGACUGCUUAGCAGUGGCAGCUACACUCCCAGGGGCUCUUCUAAAUAAAGCAAUUCAU